GAGCGCCUGCGCGGACGCGUCUGUCAAACGAUAAAUGCCGACACCAGUCUCGAGGAAAACUCCUCCCUGUCGACAACACGCCGCUCUCAUAGCGCAAUGGUCUCCUGGAUUAUUUCUAGGCUUGUGGUGCUUAUAUUUGGUACCCUUUACCCAGCGUACUCCUCAUAUAAAGCUGUUAAAUCAAAAGAUGUGAGAGAAUAUGUGAAAUGGAUGAUGUACUGGAUAAUAUUUGCACUUUUUACUACAGUUGAAGUGAUUACUGAUAUCUUUUUGUGCUGGCUCCCAUUCUACUAUGAACUCAAAAUCGCCUUUGUGGUGUGGUUACUUUCCCCAUACACAAAGGGAUCCAGUGUACUGUAUAGAAAAUUUGUCCACCCUACACUGUCCUCUAAGGAGAAGGACAUCGAUGAAUACCUUUGCCAAGCAAAAGAUAAAAGCUACGACACCCUGAUGCAUUUUGGAAGGAAAGGUCUGAAUGUGGCGGCUACAGCUGCAGUAAUGGCUGCCACUAAGGGCCAGGGCGUUCUCUCCGAGCGACUCCGCAGCUUCAGCAUGCAGGACCUGUCAUCUUUCCAGGCAGAGGGCCAGGCACAGAAUGCAAGUUCUGUAACUACUCAACCUGCAGCCGCGCAGCACAGAACACGCACCAUGAUGCACAGCAAAUCAGAGACGGGUUACAGCAAGGGCCAUGAUUUUGACAUGACCGAAUAUGAGAUGUUGAACUUGGAGCAAUAUUCCCCCAUUGAGCCUCCUGGUCCGCUGACACCCACACCUACCCCGACCCCAUCCCAGCCCACUCUGCCUCAGCCUGAGCCCACGACUCCACUGCUUUCCUCUCCUGAGUCCUUCCAGGAUAAAUCCGCAUCCCAGCCCAUAGCCUCAGAGGAGCCUGAGAAGAAGGAGGAAUUUGCCUCAUCUGCUUCAGUCCAAUUCAGAUUUAAGAGGCGUGCCCCUGAGCCUCCUCCUAGAACCCUAAGACCCGUCACCCGAUCCAGAUCAAAGAACGCCCUCUCUUCGGACACUGAAGCCAUGUGACUGUGCAUAUGCUCCGAGAGCGCUUUAGCUGUCUUACCUGCAACAUGAGGAGAUGCAACAAGAGAAGGCAGGGAGAAAAAAAAAGGAAUGCAGCCAAAAUGUUGAAAUAUUCAAAAGCAGCCUUGUUCUGUAAUGAGGUAACCAAAGCGAUGCGCAACCUUUCGCUUCUGAUCUUUGACACUCAAGGGGGAGGGGAUUCAUUUAGGUAACACGUUCGUGUACAUACUGCUGCUCUGAGACUCUUUGGGGGUUUGAGUGUAGACUGUUUGAUUUCUUGGUAUGAUUUUGGGAGAAACAAACGCAUGCAUGUCCCUCUGGUCACCCAACCAUAAUCACUGCACACAGUCAUAAUACUUACUUUAUUUUAAGGGGGACUACACUCAUUUUGGGUCCCCCAAAGCCCCCUUAACAACUACUGAGUAACAAGGUGUUUCCGAAUCAGCCUUUCUUAGAACAGAAGUUCUUAGUGAAAAAGUACUGCACUGAUGUGGUAGGUGUGUUUGACUGCAUUUAUUUCAUAAUUUACGUAUCAACAAAUGCAAAGGAUCAUCUGUACAGAAGGAGUUUUUAAUAAAAGCUUGUAGUUGAACCAAAAAAGGUAUUAACCACAAUACCUGACGUGAUUUAAAAUAGAUGGACAAAGUGCAAUGGAUUUUACACUUCUUAGAAACUUGCAAUAGUUCAGCUAUAAACUUAAAAUAUUGUGCUGUAACUUCAAAUAUAUAUAAAGUUAAUCAAUAACCAUCUUGUUAAAAAUGCACUAGAAACUUUCCUAGACACAAAGAGGUAAUAGGUUGAUAUUUGUUUAUGGACAUUCUUACUUUACUUUAUUAAUUAUUAGGCAUGUACAGUAUUUUUAUCAUUUCAAAACUCCGCACUGAUUGAUCAACAUGUAUUUUGAAGUAAUCUAAACGGACGGUUUUCUGUUAUUUCCUAGCUGGCUUCUUAAACGUCUUCAGUUGCUUGAUGUUGCAUGUAUUCACAUUGACAGUUUGAAUGUGUCUCUCAUUUUUGGCCUCCGCUUUCUGAACAUGUUCAGUAUUAAAGUACCUUUUCAGAGAUGAGCAGGCAUUAGUGGUGACUUGGUACAACACAAAGCGGGUCCUUUAGUCAGUGUAGUCGUUUUACUUUUGUAGCAGUCACACAAUUAGUCAUAUGAGGAGAAACAAGUGUCUGAAAACACUGCAAUUACACUAGCAUGUAUCACUGAGAAACUCAGUUUGCUGUUGUAUCAUUCCUGUGUAGCACUAACUAUCAAAACACAUACUGUAGCUGAAUCUUAGAACAUUCUAUAUUUAGAAAGCUUUUCACAAAGUUUUAUACUGUGAAAAUGAUGACAAUCCUAAUCUCAUAAACAUACUUUGUCAAAUUACAGAUUUUAUGUAUUUGAGAUCUUGUAGCUGUCAGAAUGGCUAUAUCAGACUUCACUGACAAAAUAUCUGGCUCAGGAACUGUUUUUGUCAUUUUAUCACAAUUUCAUUUAGACUUGUGAUUAUAUUAUCUACAAUGUAAACUAAAAAAGUCAUUGGAAUAGUGAUAAUCUGGUUGGUUUUCUUUUAGUUGGCUUUGUGUUUCUAGUAUUUACAGUGAGAUUAAAAUGCAGAAUUUUCUCUAUGUAUGGAACCAUCUUUGGCCUUCUAACAGCAUAUAAAAACAUCUGACUGUUGCUUCUUUGAAUAUUCAGGUCAUUAAAGGCACAUCCUUUGAAAUUUCAUACUAUGUGAAAAGCAGUUUAGUUGUGGAUUUAGGUGUUAUGUCAUUCAGCUAUUUAUGAACUUAACCCAUUUUAAUUACAAUCAAAAUGGUGUAAAUUAUGAACCUCGUGGAUUACCAUCUGGAUUGUCAAUUUUCGAAUAUGAAAGUGAGACAUUACAUAUGCAUGCUUAAUCAUGUCAGAUGAAGAUGUGUUUUUAAAUUCAGGGACUUGAGUAGAGGCUGCGCCUUUAAAGACUAGAAAAGUCCUGGUUCUCUGUUAAAACCAUUUGAAACUGAACUGUCAUGUAUUUUUGAGUCGUGUGUGCCAGGUUGUUCAGAUUAGGAGUGAAAAUGUCUUUUCACUAUCCUCUUAAAACAUAACGGCUUGCAGCAUCUCCAUAAAAAAAGUAUUUCCAUAUUCCACAGCUGUCAUGUCUGGCAGGCCAGAAUAUACUGUAUCUCAUUGUUCAAAGUCCUUUAUUGAAUAAAUCUUGAGUGAUAAAGACAGAAGUUGAUGUUAAAGAGUGAAAUGAUCUCGGUUUAAAAACAAUGUAUUGGCAUUCAGCAAUUAAAAGGUGAAUG